AUGAUCGACCCGGCGAUUUUCGAGCAGCUCCAGGCAAAAAUCGAUGAGGAGACUGCCGUGCGGGAUGAGCUUCAUGAUAUUGUCCAGUCGCUUGCAAGGAAAGGAAGAACGACACAGGCAACCCUUUCAAGGGCGCAUUCUACUCCUGAGGAUCAAUCCAUCAUUACCAUCGAGCCCCUUUGUUUGACUACCUGGACGACGGAACUCACAAACAAGAAUCCGAUUGAUACUGACAUGCGACUCAAAGUGAAACCAAUCCUCGACGAAGCAGCUGAGCAGAUCCGUUCCCAGAAGGAGGAUGUCUCUCGUCUGGCGUACGUGGCAUCUCACCAUCCGUUCUACAAGUACAAUGGCGUGUGGACACGCGAGCUGCAGAAUCUGGUAUUCUCGAUCGAGCUUUGUGCAUGGCUAGGCGGUCUUUCAGAAUACAAAGGAGCCAAUUCCUCCUUUCUGACGAUCGAGGAGGUUGGAAAGUUUCUCGAUGUUCCCGUCAAUCUCAAGGGCGAGGACGCCUUCCACCUCACGAUCGAGGAGUAUCUCCUUGCAUUGAUCUCGCUUGUUGAGGAGCUGAAUGACAAACAGUCCCGUCUCGCCGUCAACUCGGUCACCUUGGGCGACUACCACCGCCCGCUCCAGAUCAACGCCUUCAUCAAAGACCUCUUCGCGGGAUUCCAGCUGCUGAAUCUGAAGAACGACAUCUUGCGCAAGAGGAGUGAUGGGAUUAAAUACAGCGUAGGUUUCCCCCUUCCCUGCUGCUGCUGCUUCAUUCAUUCAGAUUGUAUCUGGAAGAAACUUACGCUUGUUAUUUUCUUCUUUCAACAGGUCAAAAAGGUAGAAGACGUGGUGUAUGACCUCUCACUGAGGAACCUCAUUCCAAAGGGAAGUGCUGCGGUUUGA